CACGUGACUAUAUAAUUUACUUCUCUUAUAUUUCUAGUUACUUGUUCUCAACUCUCACCCCACGCUCGCUGUCAUUUUUUUCAGUCUUGAAUCUCUCUAUUAGCACCAAGGACCACUUCCAUCGAAGCGCCCAAAGGGUUAUCAGUAACUUGAAUGCCGGCUGAUGGUACUCGUCAUUAACCCAGCGUCGGGCUCUUCAUCCAAGAAGCGUCGUAUCAGCGACGAUUCAUUCGCCACUUUAUUCCCCCCCGCCCCGCCUGCGGCCAGCCACGAAUCUGGAGCGGGCGCGGCGCAUCCACUGGCACCCGUGCAAAGGUUGCCACUAGAACUAUUAUUUGAGAUAUUCACCUUGGCCAUAGAACCAUUCAACGUCUUCACCGGAGGACCAUGGAUCCUAGGCAGAGUCUGCCGAAGGUGGCGUCAAGUUGCCUGGUCGUGUCCGGCGCUAUGGGCGUCUUUCUCGGUGCCCCGUCUGUCCUUUUUUAAAGAGAGGGCUAGCAUAGCGCUCCUGAACGGUGUUCUCCAAAGGUCCGGCUGUGCCGAUCUGGCUUUCACCGUGGAUUUUGACUAUCUGUGCGGAAGCCACAAGGCGCUUGUUGAUUGUCUAUUCCCACACAUUUCCCGAUGGAAGAGUGCCAGUUUUAUUCAUGCCAAACCCGAUGCCAUAGUGUCUUCAUUCUCCGAGCUUGCUCGUCCGCAGCCAUUCCAAUUGGUUUCGUUGGGCCUGGGCUUAGCGGAGCCGACGUAUCUCGACUCUGUUGCAGGAGCUUGUAAUGUGUUUAGAGAGGCGCCUCGGCUGAGGACGUUGCGAUUGUCCGUCGCACAUCAAGUCUUCUGGCCGGGUAGUAUCCAGCUGCCUUGGGCCCAGUUGACUCAUUUAAUCCUGGACCUGCGGACGUCUGGGGCCGUCGAAAAGUGCAUAAACACAUUGACUCUUUGUCGAAGGAUUGAAGUAUUUGAGGACCAGACUGUGGACAUGGAUGGGAGUAACAUGAAUACUAAUAUCAUAACGCUUCCCGCCCUACGUUCCCUUCAUCUGCGAAAUUCUUGCAUCCUCAAGUAUUUGACUUGUCCAUCUCUUGACGAGCUCACACUUCCCUCCGAUGUCUUAAAUGUACAUACAAGCAUGACAUUGAAGAUGAUGCAACAGCGAUCCUGUGUCCAGGUGGCCUAUAUCCGAUAUCUUCCCAACCCCAGUCUUUCCUGAGACCGAGGAGCUCGUGAUCGACCUACGAAAUCUGAACAACUGGGGCAGCCUGAACCAGCUCUUUGAACACAUCGCGUUCGAGGGUUUCCCAAAGAUGAGGUCUCUGACAAUCAAGACACGACACGUUUUCAUGGCGGAGGAAUCCUGUAUAGCUUGCGACUCCGCUUUGGUUGAUCUAAUCGAGUAUCGUUGGCAGGCGGCCGAAGCACGACUGCGAACUGUCCGCAUAGAAAGUGAUACCGUUGCCGCAGGAGUCUGUAAUACGCGACCGGAUUGGAGAGAUGCGAUUAUGUAUAA